AUGAAGUACCGGAGAUUUAAUGAGGUAGUUUCUGCAAUGAUGGAUUGUUUUUUUCCCAAUAAACCAACUAGUGUUAGGGAAUCUGAUAAACAAUGGAUGACGUCAUCGCUUAAGUCCUCCAUUAGUAAGCGACAAAAAUCACUUCAUAAGUACGGAAGAAAUUCACAAGCAUAUAGAUUUUGGCGCAAUAGAGUUCAACGGGAUGUUAAAGUGGCACGUAGAAAGUACUAUGCCAAUUCCGUGCAGAAGUUGAAAAGUGCAAACCCUUCCAGAUGGUGGAAAGAGGUUAAAUCCAUAGGGGGCCUAUCUUCUCGGGAAUCUUGGGUACAUCAACUACUUUCUGAAGUAAACCCCACCUGUGAGGACCUUGCUGAGUCAUAUAACGGAUAUCUUGUUGGACUUACUUCGCAUUUUAAACCCUUGUUAGAAUGCACCGAUGACCAGGAGACAGAAGUUCCCAACCAUCUACUCGUAAAUAUAGGGCAAGUUUAUACAGUGUUGCGACGUCUUAAAACGACGAAGUCUCCUGGCCCAGACGGUAUCCCAAAUAGGAUCCUGAAAACCUUCGCUUUUGAAUUUGCCCCUAUCAUAAUGGACAUAUACAAUACAUCAGUGCUCCAGGGAGUCUUCCCUGAUCAGCUAAAACGUUCUAUCGUCGUUCCCAUUCCAAAAGUGUCACCACCUCAGACUAUUGAGGACGAUUUAAGACCUAUAUCACUCACAGCUCAGGUAUCUAAAGUGAUGGAAGGAUUUAUGCUACAGUCCCUUAUGUCGGAAGUGGGUCUUAAAUUGGACCCAAAGCAAUUUGCUCUUCCGGGAAAGUCAACCACUCAGGCACUCGUUUAUCUCCUCCACUUGAUUCAUGCUGCUUUACAUCAAGGCCACUGCUCUGUAAGAAUCUUUUUUGCUGAUUUCAAAAAAGGUUUUGAUCUCGUCGACCAUAAUGUCAUUAUUGAUGAACUUUUAAAAUUACAAGUGAGUCCUGCCAUUAUAAGAUGGAUAAAGUCGUUCCUUACCUCCCGCGAACAGUGUGUUAAAAUCGGACCAUCCUUUUCCUCAUGGAAGCCCGUUAACGGUGGCCUACCUCAAGGAACUAAACUUGGCCCUCUUCUCUUUGCCAUUUUAGUCAAUUCCCUCCUACAGGACUGGAAUGGGCGGAUAAAGUUUGUAGACGAUGCUACUGCACUAGAAAUUGUUCCACGUUGCUCUCCUAGUUUGCUACCUAUUCUCGUAAAUGAUGUAUCUCAGUAUGCCUCAAGUAGAGGAAUGAAGCUUAACAGUAAGAAAUGUAAGGAGAUGACAAUAUCCUUCCUCCAAUCCCACCUUCCACUUGAUAAUGCGAUCUAUAUAGAUGGUUCGCCAGUGCAAUCAGUAUCCUCCUUUAAACUGCUCGGUGUGCUACUGAGAGAGGAUCUAUCUUGGUGUGAUCAUGUCGACUAUGUGAUUAAAAAAGCAAAUUCUAGACUCUAUGCAUUGCGGAAAUUAAAAAAGGCUGGCUUAAGCGAUAAAGACCUUGUCACUAUAUAUUCCUCCUUCAUUCGGUCCCGAAUUGAGUACGCUUUACCUGCGUGGUCAACGCUGACCCAAGGCCAGUCUGACCUUAUCGAAUCGAUACAGAGAAGAGCAUUACGUAUCUUGCUUCCCGAAAUGUCGUAUCAAGACGCAUUGAAUUAUACUGGUCUAAAAAAGUUAAGUACGCGUAGACAUAAUUCCUGUGAACAAUUUAUUCGGAAAUUGAAGUUUGACAAUGGUCCUAUAAAUCCUCUUAAGGAUGUUGUUGCAACUCGUAUACAUCCAAAUACUCAUAAUUAUAAUCUUAAUUAUAGUUAA